CGAAGAACAUCGAGAAAAACGACGUUGUAGAGAGCACGUGAUCCACCAUACGACGUAUUCUAGCAAAAAAUAAACAAUCUCGUCGGGUCAUAAACAUAUUAUCAUAUACAGAUAAUAUGCGUGUAUUUUGUGUAAGAUAAUUAAUCAUCACGAAUAAAGACACUGCGCGCGAAAGAGCGACGUGAGACGUGUCCAGGUUUAGCGUUGGUCGAGAUGUUGGAAGGCUGUGGAAUAAGCUGUUUUCACUUGGGACUUCAGUCUGAAAAGCGACUAUUUGUAACUUCACAGUUCCCAGGCCUCAACCCGCAUAUUUUCACCAUCUAUCGGUUCAUGGUUGCUAUCUAUUUCGCUGGUUUCACUCUCUGGUAUUUUCCUUAUUCAGUAACCAAUCUUGGUUGGAAAAUCUUUAUCUAUUUGACCAACUGGACAUUCAUCGUAGUGACGUGUUAUCUUCUAGUUGCCUCUUACAACAGCUUAGUACAUUAUCGAAAUGUGACACGGCGAGGUACCAUUCUUGUAUCAUCCUCUGCUGAUAUACCCGAUCUGCCGUUUAUUUACAAAUUACAGUGGUUCCUUUAUUACCUAGCAGCAAACAUGUCGAUUAUCGUAACGGUGGUUUAUUGGACGGCUCUGUAUUCCAAAGGAAAUUUAGAUUUCAUACACCUCUUCAUAAAUCUAAACGUACAUACCCUUACGUCAUUUGUCGCUAUUAGCGAAACGAUGCUGUCUGCUACACCGUUCCGUUUCAUUCAUGUAGUAUACCCCCUCUGUUACGGAGUUGUCUACGUAUUUUUUACCAUCAUAUACUGGGUGGCAGGCGGUACCGGUAAAUAUGGUCAUUCAUAUAUUUAUCCGAUAAUUGACUACGAAAACGACCCUGGUAAGGCUGUGUUAAGCAUCGUUGGUUGUAUCAUUGGUAUUUUUGUUUUCCAGGUAGUAUUAUGGGUAAUGUUUAUUUUAAGAUUGAAAUUAGCAGGAAAAUUAUUGAGAACCAACAACGCGAACGAACGAUCUGCUGAUGAAACUACGGUUUAGUUAGUUCAGUAUGAAGUAUUGUAUUACUGUACAUCACACGGUCCUGCAGCUGUACAUUAACUUUUGAUCACAAGAGAAGCAGGCCUAAGAAUUAAGCAGGCCUAAAAAUUAAGCAGGCUUAGAAAGUAAAUCUACUCAAUGGCCUUAAACGAAUUAGUUUAUAUGUAUUAUAUUUCUUAUUAUUACUCGCGACUAUUACCUGCGAGGCUGUGAGGUAUUCCGGGGCGGGUCCGGGUAUAUGUAGGAGAGGGUGCAGAAAGAAAAAGGACACUCUUGGAUAAAUAACAUAAGUUUUAAUGACUUCAUCGUCUUCUCUCUUGUCACCAUUCCCAUUCUUUGAGAGACUUGAACGCCAGAAAUAAUAUAGCAUUAGCCUAAAAAUUAUUCUUAUCAAAUGAUUUUGUAGCGUGACAUGCCCUCGUCCAGUACCGUAUUUUGUAGAUUCAUGUUAGUGUAAUUUUGUUUUGCAAUAUUCUACUGGCCACAAAAAAAAAAACCACCUAAAGGAAUGGUGCUACGAUUAAUUUCUUCCAGUUCUGCGCACGCAUCUGGACGGUAAAUCGUCACAAAUGUUUGUUCCUUAGUAUACAUUACUGUAUAAUUAUGCAUUCUUUAUGUUUAUAUUAUAUUAUGUUUUGGUUUUGUGUAUAUAGGCCGAGAUUUAAAAUAACUUGUAGUAACAUCUAUGUAAAAUAAAAUUCCGAUCAUAUAAUGA